AUCUGAAGCAGGAUGUCUCGUUUUGAAGCUAAGAAGCCAUCGCUGUGUAAAGCUGAACCAUUGACAAGUGAGAGAGUCAGGUCCACACUUUCUGUCUUGAAAGGAAUCCUAGUGUCAUGCUAUGGCCCUUCAGGGAGGCUGAAGCAGCUGCACAAUGGCUUGGGAGGUAGUGUGUGUACAACCUCACAGUCCUCAGCUCUGCUUCGCAACCUUUCAGUCACCCAUCCCGUACUGAAGGUCCUAACAGCGUCUGUGCAGAAUCAUGUGUCCUGCUUCAGUGACUGUGGCCUAUUUACAGCCAUUCUCUGCUGUAACCUGAUUGAAAAUACUCAGAGGAUAGGCUUAACACCCACGAAGGUUAUUAAGUUAAAUAAAGACCUCCUGAGUUUCUGCACCACUUAUCUCAAAUCUGAAGCCUGUAGUUGUCGAAUCCCGGUUGAUUUCAGUAGUACACAUAUCCUCCUUGGCUUGGUCCACAGUAUCUUAACCAGCAAAUCUGCCUGUAUGCUCACCAGAAAGGAAACAGAUCACAUCAGUGCUUUGCUUUUGAAAGCUUUUUUGCUUACAAUUCCAGGAAGUACAGAAGACCGAAUCAUUUUAGGGAAGAGUAUAAUUGUUCCCUUAAAGGGCCAAGGAGUUACAGAUUCCACUGUAUUACCUGGACUGCUCAUUGAAAUGUCGGAAGUUCAAUUAAGGAGAUUACCCACCCGGAAGUCAAGUGCCCUCAAGGUGGCGCUCUUCUGUGUAUCUUUAUCGGGAGAUUUUUCUAAUGCCGGAGAAGGAACUGUGGUGGUCCCUUACCAAGUGUCCCUCGAGAAUGCAGUUUUAGAGCAGUUGCUUAAUCUGGGAAGGCAGCUAGUCAGUGACCAUGUAGGUCUUGUCCUGUGCCAAAAAGUUAUACACCCAUCCUUGAAACAGUUCUUCAGUGAGCAUCACAUUAUUGCCAUUGACAGAGUUGGAGUGACUCUGAUGGAACCCCUGAGCAAAGUCACAGGAGCAACGCCUAUUGGUUCCCUAAACACAAUAGCUUCUACUACUUAUGGAAGUGUGAAAGAUUUGCACCCUGCAAGAUUUGGCUCCAAACACUUUUUCCAUCUUAUUCCUCAUGAGACAACUGUUUGCAGCUUGCUUCUCUGCAGUAGAAACGACACCGCCUGGGAGGAGCUGAAGCUCGCAUGUCAGACAGCACUGCAUGUCUUACAGCUAACAAUCAAGGAACCAUGGGUAUUAUUGGGAGGUGGCUGUACGGAAACACACUUGGCUGCUCAUAUCAGACACAAGUUUCAUAAUAAGGCAGACGACAUUGUCAAAGAGGAUGGUUAUUCUCGAGCGGAACUCCGGAUUGCUGCUGAAGCAUUUUGCAGUGCUCUAGAAGCCGUUGCUGGCUCUUUGGAACAUGAUGGCGGUGAAAUCCUCAUUGACAUGAAGUAUGGACACUUUUGGUCAGGUCAAGCUGCUUCUGCUUCUGUUAACUGGCCAGAUAUGCUGUCACGAUGUGGCUGUGGCUUGUGCAACAGCCAGGAAGGACUCAGCUGGUCUUCCUUAAGAAGCACUUAUCAUCCUUUUGCACCACAAACCUGCCUGUCACAGGCACCUGUGGACUCAGCCAGCAACCUGAUUGUGGACUGUUUCACUGCCAAGCUUAGUGGCCUGCAGGUGGCUGUGGAGACUGCCAAUUUGAUUUUAGAUCUUUCCUAUGUCAUUGAAGAUAAAAACUAACGUAAGAGAAUGGUAUAUUUAUGUUAUUAAACUAGUUCAGAUGUCUAAGGAAAAAAUGGUUGUUCUCUCCCAACGGCCUGCUCUGCCUAGGUGGAGAGAUGAUUUAUAAAAAUGUAGACUUACUUUCUUAAGGAAAGACAAGAAUGUGAAAUAGAAAUGUAAAGACUGAUAGUAAUUCUUGAUGCCUUUGCUUUGUCGCCAUCGUACCACAUCUGGUGUUUGUACCAUGCAUUUAUGUUUGGAGGUUUGUAAAUACUAAAGAUAGUGUGUCACCUUAAAAUAUGGGAGUUGCUCCAAAAAAGGGUGACCUUGAACCUUUCCCACUAGCAAGGUAGAGUCUUCCCUUUUCAUGGAAGCCAUUGUUUAUACGCAUUUAGCUUUUUAUACAACUUGAUACUUUCCUUGGUGUAACAUUGUUGGCUUAUUUUAAAUAUUGUGAAAUUUUGUUAGGAUGUUUUAAUAAAAUCAUUUGUGUUUCCUAAAACUAUAUAUAACCUAUAAUAGAAAAUACUGAAAAUAUAGCUAAGCAUAGGUAACAUGUUCUUGCAAUCUCAACUACUUGGGAGGUUAAUACAGAAGCAAUGAUACUGCCAUGCCUGAGGCCUAAGCAGUAGUAGGACCCUUUUCCGAAGUAGAAGACAACACUUCACUAAUACUUGAAGAAAAUGAUGCAAAUCCAGAUGGUAAAACAUGGCAUGAGAAUUCUUGAUGAAAAUAAUUUCAAAGAAGCUCAUUCUGGCAGAAACAAAUGACAAAAAAAAAUCAUCAUAAGCACAUUGUGAUUAAAAGUAAGAUUGAGGAGUAAGAGAGAUGGCUCAGCAGUUAAGACCACUGCAUGCUCUUCCAGAGGUCCUGGGUUCAAUUCCCAGCACCCACAUGGUAUCACAGCCUUCUGUAACUCCAAUUCCAGGAGAUCUGACCUCUUUUCUGACCUCCACAGGUACCAGGCAGGCACAUGGUGUACAGAGAUCCAUACAAUCAAACUUAACUCAUACAUAUAAUAAAAUAAUUAUAAAGUAAGAUUGAGACCAGAGUAUUGCCUUAGGAGGUACAUCAGCACACAGAGAGGAACCACUGAUAGCUACAAAAAAGAAGAAGAAGAAGAAGAAGAAGAAGAAGAAGAAGAAGAAGAAGAAGAAAGUAGUAAGAAAUAAAUCUGUGACAGUGUCCUUUUUUCAGGGUGCACAGGACGCAGAGUAGUAAAAUUAUUGGACCAAGAGGGUCCAGCAGGAUUACCAUCUUACUAAUCAAAAGAAAUCAAAGUUGGAGCAGGAAGAAAGGGAAGAGCUAAAGCUAAUAUUAAGAGGACUUUUCAGUGAUUGGUCUCAGGGCUACCUCACUGGUACCGUGUUAGGAAAUCUGCACUGUAGUGAAAUAGUUUAUUCAAGGUACUUCAACUAUGCAUUUUUUGUUUCUUCUGAUAGAAGUUUGUUUUUGACCUCACUAGUUUGCAUAAAGUAUAUAGACAUUAUCAUGGUAAAAGUAUAAUGUAUUUUUUAUUAAUAUUUUUUCCAGCCUGAUUACAGUUUACCCUCUCUCCUCUCCUUCCUGUCCCUUCCCCCAACAUUCACUACCUGACCCCAAGCACUCCCUCUUUCUUUUCAGAAAACAGGAGGCCUCCCUUGUAUGUCAAGCAGCCAUGGCAUGUCAAGUUUCAUUAAGACUAGGCACCUCCUCUCAUAUUAAACCUAAACAAGGCAACCCAGAAGGAGGAAAGGGUCCUCAAAGCAGGCAACAGUGAAGGAACUCACGAAAAACAGAAAGGUGGUGAAUAUAUAACCGAAUGAGGGGACUGUGUUCCAGCCCCAGUAAGCAACAGAACUUGGCAGCAUUGACCUCAUGGUUCUGGAGAGGUAAGGGGCUAUAGCAUUUCCCUCCGUGAUGAAGGAAACCCGCUGAGGUUGGUCAUAUGUCAGGGUUGUCCCUGGGUAGAGGCCUAGAGAGGCCUUUUUGUGAAACUGAAGUUGAAUCCCUGGUUGCCUUGGAGACCCUAAGGUAUUGGAGAUACCUGAGUCGUGGGAUACCUGCUGAGGCAAUUCCUCAGUCCCUGGUACCAACUUCACUGAAGAUGCCAGAGUCAUGGAAUACUGUGAGAACGAAAGUUAUGUUUUAAUCUUUCAAUACUAUGCCUAAGAGAUCCAUGAAACAAAAAUGCCUCUAACCAGUAAGCCUCCUGCCCAAGGACAUAUACUUUCUGAAAUCCUGGAAACAAUUAUUUAUGGGCGAUAACAAGCCACAUGUUUCACUCCCCUGAGCAAAUUUGUUUGACCCAACUAAACCACACCCACUCCCUCCCUUAUCCACUGAGGCAGGCUGAUCUUCAGCUUCCGGCCUGAGCUUCAGAGAGGCAGCUUCGCUCCUGUCUCUCUUCCCACUUCUCCGCCCCUCACUUCUCUGUCUCUCUCCUUUGUCUUCUCCUUCUUCCCCCACUCUCUCUCCCCUCUAAGUAUCCAAUUCUAUUCGGUACAAUGAUGUGUCUGUCCACAUGUCCCCCCCCCGCCCCCCCUCCCCGCUGGGACUGUCCGGGACGAGCCACUGCUCGGAACCGGCAGUCGUCUCUGCCUGGGACUAGCUGCUCUGUGGGCCCGCUGCCUACUGCCGCCGGGGAUCUUGCAGCAUUUUUAACAACACCAAAUGUACUUGAUCACAGGAAGGUAGGAGGAUCACAGGCAGGAAGUUACCAGGAUGUAUACUUGCCCUGAUUGGACCUGAUGGGGAAGAUGGUGGCCCUAUGGUUUUGCCUUUUUAAGCCCCUGCAAAAUGUGACUUUGGGUCAUUUUCUGGGAACCCAGGAAUGGAUCU